ACAGCAGAGUGCCAAAAGGCGCAGACGCACUCCGAUUGGCCGGAGCGCACUUUACAACCUCCUCUUGUUUCUAAGCUCCGCACAGGCAGAGCGCUUUACCUCCCCAAACUCUUGCAGGAGCCAGACGCAUCAGAGGAGCGCGGCGGAGCUGCAGCCAGAUUAGACUGCUCGUGGACUUUACCCAAACCAGAAACUCAACACGUUUUACGCACGUCGAUCAGCAGAGCCGCAGCCUUUUGCACAUUUGUUUCUUGUUAUUACUCUGCAUUUUUUUUCAUGAAGUGAACCUUGAAUCGCUUGUCAGAACCGUACCGAAUUGCAUUCACUGUAUUGUUGCAAAAAGAAAAUAUGAGGUCUGCUUCGGAAUCGCUCUGGGGAGGGAUCCGGCUGGCUGUGACAGUGGCGCUCAUGUUAGCAUGCAGAGCGUCAGAAUAUGAGGAUGUCGGCUGGAACCCACCCUACGGCAAGCCUCCCCAGUGUGUGGACAUCCCGGAAGACCUGCGGCUCUGUCACACUGUGGGCUACAACCAGAUGCUACUUCCCAACCUGUUGGAACACGAGACCAUGGCCGAGGUGAAGCAGCAGGCCAGCAGCUGGGUGCCCCUGUUGCACAAGAACUGCCACCCGGGCACGCAGGUCUUUCUCUGCUCGCUCUUUGCGCCCGUGUGCCUGGACAGACACAUCUUCCCCUGCCGCUGGCUGUGCGAGGCCGUGCGGGACGGCUGCUCCCCCAUCAUGGGGGCGUUUGGCUUCCCCUGGCCGGACAUGCUCACCUGUGACAAGUUUCCCGAAGAGGAUGUGUGCAUCGCCAUGUCGCAGCCCAAUACGACCGAGGCCACCCGGACGACAGGUCACUCCCUCAUCUGCCCUCCAUGUGACAAUGAAAUGAAAACAGACGCCAUACUGGAGCACAUGUGUGCCAGCGAGUUCGCUUUCAAGACCAAGAUCAAGGAGGUGAAGCGAGAAAACAUGGACCGCAAAGUUAUCCUGCAGAAGAGGAAGAAGAUGUUGAAAGCAGGGAACCUGAAGAAGAAAGACUUGAAGACGCUGGUGUUGUACUUGAAGAACGGCGCGGACUGCCCCUGCCAGCAGCUCGACAACCUGGGAAACCACUAUCUAAUCAUGGGCCGCAAGGUGGAUAAGCAGUACCUCCUCACUGGCAUCCACAAGUGGGACAAGUCCAGCAAAGAGUUCAAAAAGGCCAUCAAGAAGCUCAAGACCUACAAAUGUCCUGCUUUCGAUAACGUCUUCAAAUAAUAUGAGCCCCCCACCCCCAACCUCCUUUGGUCACAUCUCAUACAUAUGAACUUGCACAAGCAUUAAAAACCCAAACUUUGCUUUCUGUUUAUAUAUCUAUAUAUCUUUGUAUAUUUACAGAUAUACUUUGAAAUGUCCAUUAAGUUUUAGUUGAAUGUGGUGAGUGAUGACACCACAAAAAAGUGUUGACUUCCUUCUUUCCCUCGGCUUAAGAAAAGGACAUUGUAGUAAAAGCCCUUUCUCACUGAAAUCAUUUCCAUUAUAUGUAUGUAGAUACUUUCUUUCACUCUUUCACUCAACAGGUCAGUGGAUUUUGAUUAAAGGAUUAGUUAGACAUUUUGGGAAAUACAUCUUUCCUUUAUUCCUGAGAUGAGAAGACUGAGACACUCUCAUGUCUGUACAGUUAAUAAGAAGCUUGACCUAGCAUAAGGUUAGCUUAGCCUAGCAUGAAGAUUAGAAGUAGGAGAACAAGCUAACCAUAAAUUGUUGUUUUUACAUUUUGUUUUUGUACAGAUUAAACAAAUUAAAUAUAAUGUGUAAUUAGUGAACUUUAGUGGUGCUGGGUGGUGGAAUUAUUUUGGACAGAGCAAGGCUAGCUGAUUCUGCUUCCAGUUUUUAUGCUCACGUAGGCUACCAAUCUGCUCCAGCUUAAUCAUAUUUAGCAUAGGGACAUGAGGGUGGUGUUAGUCUUCUCAUCUAAUGCUCAGCUAGAAAAAAAAUCUAUUCUUUUAAAUCUCUCUAAUUCUGAUCAUAUAAUAAUAAAUCAUAUAAUCAAUGAUUAGACUAGGUAAUUGGCAGUUGCAGGUAUUUCCAGCUUUAAAAGCUACCCUGUAGCUUCAGAACAGCUCUGUAGGGUUCCUGUUGAAUAAGUUAUUGACAGAAGUAUGAGAGAGUGCUGCCGUUAGCCGAUUGUUCUGUCAAACUGACCUACCAAUAAUUUUUAUUUUCUUCACUUCAUUGUUACGUUUCUUUUUGUGACUUGAAAUAUCUUAAAAGAAUCAUAACCACCAAUCUCCAUCAUGAGAUAGCAUGUAGGCCUAUGUAGAUUUCUUGUGUGUUGUCACCUGACAUUUGUCUAAAUAUUUUUAUAACUUUUCUGUCUCUCUACAUCCAGUCUAACUGCAGUAAUCUGUAUUCAUCGGUAAUGGAAAAAGUCUAUACAUGUUUAAAAGUGCAAAAGUUAUCAAAGUGCAAAUAUUGCCAACCCUGUGUUCUGGCUUGUUUUGUGUCGCUGGUCCGUUUUAGCACUGUUUUGUUUCAAAUUUGAUUGACAGCGGUGCAUUGCUGCCUAAAACAUGUACAUACAAAUUUUACAUAAAUAUGGAAAACUGUA